AUGGACCAUUCUGAGGAUGGGCAGAUCCUGCCCGGGAUUAGCGUUAUCUCCAUGUGCUUGGUGAUCCCCGGCAUAGCCAUGGCGCAUAUCCACAGGUUCAGUAACGGGGGCAAGGAAAAGGUUGCCUAUUAUUCAUAUCAGUGGAGUUUGAUGCAAAGAGUUAGGCGGUUCUCUGGAGUUAAUCAUUACUAUGUGUCAAAGGGUUCUCCAGUUGGAGAAUAUUGA